AUGGGCUCCAUAGCCGACCCCAACGCCAUUCCCACACUGACACCCCUGGAGCGCAUUGGUCCUAAAGGGUAUGUCCGAGACAUCUUUCCAUUUCCCCUCGGAGACCACUAUGACCUCGACGCGGUGACGCGUGUGCUCCAAGUCAGUUAUGCGGCCACCAAGAAGCGCCUGCCGGUUAUGGGCUGCGAGGCAGUUCCGGAUGAAACCUCCCAGCAGGCCGGCAUUUUCCGCCUUCAACGACUCCAGGAUGGAGAUAUCGAUGACAUAGUGUCGAAGGCGUUCCCGGUGGCUUAUUUUGAUGCUGAUGUGCUGUGCCGCCGGUCCGUGUGGCCCAUGCCCGGCGAGCGACUUCCUGUCUCUCUCUUGCAGGCCAACUUUAUCCCAGGGGGUCUGUUAUUAAACUGGUGUACGCUGCACUUGGUGGGCGACGGCACCUCGUACUAUAUGUGGAUGAAGAUCUGGGCCGAGGAGUGUCGUCGUGCCCAAGGCCUCAAGAUCCCUCACCCGGUCGAACUCCCCGAGGCCAUCUUCCAAGACCGAGAGCUGGUGAUGCGGGCAUCUGGACGUAAUCCGGGGUUGCUUGAGAACCACCCUCAGUAUACUCUACUGCCAUGUGCUCCUGCCGGGGCGCCGCCAAAGAUGCUGGCUCGCAACCAUCGCACCCAUGUGUUCUACUUCUCCCCCGAAUCACUGGCGGCGUUGAAGGAGGCGGCGUCCCCUGCUCAUGCGACCGGUGCAACUGAUCUGACGUGGAUUUCCACGAAUGACGCCCUAUCGGCACUGCUGUGGAGGACGGUGAUGGCGGUGCAGUGGCCGUUGAAAGCCCUCCAAGGCAAUCCGGUUUCGGUGUUCAACCUCGCCAUCAAUGGACGUCUGCGGACGGACCCGCGCGUGCAUCCCCAGACUUUGGGAUGCUUCCUGGAGUAUCUCGGGGUACCUGCGCCAAUCCGCACGAUCCUGGGCUCCGCCACGCUGGCUGACCUGGCCAUCCUGAUCCGAACCGAAGUGCGUCGCGCGACCAACCAAUUUACCGAUGACCUGACGGCCCUGAUUGAGCAGUUGGAGGAUGUCGAUCGGCUGGUGCCUACGGCCUUUCUGGACGUCCCGGGAUUCAACUGUGUGCAGACCUCGUGGAUCAAUUUCCAACUGUAUUCGCUGGAGUGGGGGCCCAUCUUGGGCGAUCGAAUCGACGCGGUGCGAGCCCCUUCCAUCGGGGUCAUCAAUGGGCUGCAGCUGGUCCUGCCAGUGCCACGGGAUGGGGUCAUGGAGGUCUUAGUGGAGGUGGAGGAGAGUUGUCUGCACAAGUUGCUGCAUGAUCCCCUGUGGAUGAAGUAUGCCGUGCCGCGAUGA